AUCUGGAGACGCCCAAACGACGAGCGAGGGGCAGAUACACGGACUUAAACAACACUGCUGAUUCACCCGGGGAUGGAGAUAUUUUACAAGACAUCAUAUGGGACCCGGCAUCACCUACUCCUGCUAGAAGUGGGGAAGGGCCCAGCGACACCAGAGUUGUUGAGAUAUCAGACAUUGUCAAUCGGAUCGCCCCUAAGGAUGCCCAGCAUGUCUCUGUGGAUAGUCCUCUGCUCCAGUGGAUUGGGGACAGUGCUGUCCCCUGUACCCCAGAGGUACGCCCGCCCAAAGCAAGGAAGAAAUCCACUCGGAAAAGCUCAGUGGAGGACUUGAUGCAGCUGGCCAGGCAGUUUGACAUCAACAUGCACCAGCAGGACAGAGAGAGGAAGAGUUCUGAACACAGGAACAAUACCAUAAACAACAACCGGUACGAGGAGGAACCCAAGGGCCCGACGAAAAUGUCGUCAUCAGCCCAGCAGGUAGAGGCGGAGCUUAACGCUCUGUUCGACGGGCCGACGCAGCGAGUCACCGGACGGCUCAGCCAAGGGUCGACCGCCUCCACCUGUUCUCAGGAGGUCAAGGUUCAAGUUGGGGUCAGCCAUCUCACUACCGAUGACCUCGUCAAAGUGUCGGAGGUCAAGCCUGGCGGGGGAAGCACGUCUGGUUCAUCGGCUCGUACUGGUAAAGAGGAUGUAGGACAGUGGAAUGCCACGACAACUGUGGCGAAAGACGAGGACUUUGACUGGGAGGAUGACGACCUUCUCAAUGACCCUAUCGUGUUGGAGAUGACCCAGAAUCCUGAGGGGCUGAAAACGCUGUCCCCCAAACCCAGCAGCUCACUGACUCUGAGCACUGACAGAGACAACACACAGCUGCUAACAGAUACAGAAAAGACCCUACCACCCUCCUCUACUACCUCUAAUCCUAUCAGCCUGCCCUCUCACUCUGUCUGGAAGGGGACAAGCACACACCUUCAACCCUCAAACAGAGGUGGCCUCACUGGGCCAUGUCCUAAACCCAAGCCCGCCAGCAGAAGCACUUUCCUGCUGGAGCCCAACCUUUGUUUCCAGGUGAAUAUGGCUCCGACAACCAGAGAAGCACCCAGACUGUUCCUCACUGUUGGAGAGGCCCAGCCUGAGAGGCCCGGCGUGUCUGCAGCCGUGGGGAGUAGGGGCCCCAGUAGAGACUCUGCAGAAGGGGUGAGCACAGCCACAACUCCAACCUCCCGUGGAACCACAGCCCCAGACUCCGCUUUCAAAGACAUCUCAGAGGAGGACCUCCAGUCCCUGUUUGACUCUGAGUCGCUGUGGAACGACGACGAAGGUGACGAUGACGAGCUGCUGUAUCAGGUGUGUGACAACGUGGAGAGGAUCUCCAACAGUCAGUCCGAGGGUGCCACCGCAACCACGGAUGCCACUGAGGUCCGCGUCCAAGAGAGCAAACCGAAAGCCACUCCAACCGCCCCUCUGGCUGCAGCGAGAGAGGGGUCUAUGACUAUGGAUAGGGCUGUAGGUGGUCCUAGCAGUAAACAGUCAACCACCUGCACGUCUGGCCGCUCCAACUCAGCACCAGGAGAUAGUAGUAGCACCCCUGUGCACUUUCAGAGAUGGAACAUUCCAGCGAAAGCAGGAAAUGUUUGGGUCGGACAUCAUACAGUCAUGUCCCAGAGCCAUCCAGGCAGCGGGGAGGGUCUGGACAAGUUUACCCAGCUGAGGGGUGCUCCAGCCUGGGGAACAUUUGGCCUAGGAUCCCUUGGAGUUAGAACCUUCCAAGCGGGGGACUCAAAGUCGGUCAUGCCACGGACAGUGUCGGCAAGAACCCUCACAAACUCAAAUUCCCAUCAUGCAUCAUCGUUCAAGAGACAUCUGUCGGACUCGGCCGCCAUCGGCAACAAAGUGUUUGUCAGCAGUCAGAUGACGGGGAGAUGCACGGAGGAGGAGAUUGAGAGGAAGAAGCAGGAGGCCAUAGCCAGAAGAAGGACCAGGGAAACCUCCCUAAAAGCAGGGGGACUUCCUCUGUGACUAAGCAACGGGACACUAGAUUAAUACACAGUUAACCAGAAUGCCUAUAGAGUAGCUCUCCUCUGCUAGGUCUGUACCAUAAACAUUUCUCACGGUUUCUUCACAGAACACUGUCAGUGCUACUAGAACGGUGUUGCGUUAUGGAGCUAUGCUGCUAGACACACACACACACACACACACACACACACACACACGCUGCUGCACUUUUUUAGUUGCUUAUAUUGUCACUGUUGUUCUUUCUGGAGGUCACUGAAACGUUGAGUAGAAUAUACAGCAGCAACACUUUAUCUGGAGUCAGAGCAAGCGGUUGGCUUGUAAGGCCUUUACAGCACCUCAAAGGAGAUUUGUCACUUUUUAUUUUACACGUUAAUCUGUUGACAUUCCAAGUAGAUAAUGAGUCAUCUUGAUGAGCAAUGUGGAGAUCUGUUCUACUGUCCUGCAAUAGUAUCUUUCAGAGGAACUGUGGGUCCAGAACUCACCUUGUUGCUGUAACUCAGCAACAUUAUAGGACAUUAUCUUUACACUGCAUGUGUUGGCAUGUGGUUUAUUAGUACCUUGUGUUUUGCACCUUUUCCAGAAAUGAGAAGGACACUAACACUAAGCAGGUUUCCGUCCGGGAAAGAAAAUGUCACCACAGACCUGAUGGAAACGGCAAAUUUGUCAGUAAACUCGUCCAAAAUGUCGACAAAACAAUAUACGCUAGACGAGAUGGGAUAUGUUUGUUUCUGUAAAAUUCAUGCCAUCAUGUCGAAGUAAACUUUGAGUCACACGAUGAUAUGUUGUGUGGCCCUCGCACUACGACUCCUAAAAGCAUGCAGUUUAUUAAGCUACUUAUUAAAUGAGUUCUGAUUAACUUCACAGGGUGGUGAAAGUCUAAGGUGGUGGUGCUCCUUUCCAUUCAAUAUCAAGGGUCUUAUUCUGGUGACAUGAUGAUUGAUGCUUGGCUGCAAUUUGACAAAUAAGUACAAAUCUGGCUCUUUUGUCCAUAAUAUUCUCAUCAUGUAGGCUAUAGGCCGACCCGCAUCUGUGAGCUGUUGGCUAGAGCACGUGUCAAAACCAAAGUGGGCACAUUUGCUAUACAGCGCAACAUUUGUAGUGACGAAGCCAUCAGUAGAGUUGAAAAUGUUACCUUUAUUUAAUUAGGCAAGUCCAGUUUAAGAACAAAUUCUUAUUUACAAUGACGGCCAA